AUGCCUAAAACAAUGUCACAUCUCCCCAAAACCAACAAAAGAAAACCCCAAGAGAAUAAAGCCCAGGUACCGCAAGAUGAAUCGAGUUUAGCGGCUGGAGAAAAAGACGCUGAAAAGGAGGGAACCACGGGGAAUCUGGAUUGUUCUGAGCUGACGGAGAAGAAGGAAAAAAAGAAAGAUAAAGAGAAGAAAGAAAGUUUGGACUUUGAUUUGGAAGUAUCAGGGGAGAGCAAGAAAUUGAAGCAAGAUCAUUCUGAAGGAAGAAAAAACUCUGACAUUAAUAAUUUAGGAGAAAAUGGGUCUAGUGAUGGACUGGAUGUGAAAAAGAAGAGAAAUUCACGUUUGGAUUCAAAGGGAAAUCUUGUAGAAGUAAAUGCCCAUAUGAUGGGCUAUGGGAAAGAUGGAGGCUCAGGUAUUGGAAAUAAAAAUAAGAAGAAGAAACGGAAGAGGGAUGAGUUGGAAUUGGAGUAUGAGGCUAGUCGAUAUGGGGAGGCAGAUAAGCAGGAGAAGGAGAAUGAUGUGGUAGGAGAGAAGAGAAAGAAAAUGAACAAUCCAGAGGAUAUGAUGGUAUCAAAGGAAGGUUUUGAUGACGAAAAUAAGCUUUUAAGGACUGUGUUUGUUGGCAAUUUGCCAUUGAAGAUGAAGAAAAAGGCACUACUCAAGGAGUUUGCAAAGUUUGGCGAAGUCGAGUCUGUGAGGAUUCGGUCUGUUCCAAUAAUUGAUAAACAUAAUUUGAAGCUUCGGGACCGUGAACUGAGACUGUCUCAUGCCAAAUCAAAUUCCACUCCCUCGAAGAGAGAGAAUAUUUCGCUACCAGAGACCUACAAUACCCCUGCCAAGAAGUUUGCAGUUGAUUCCAGAUAUUCGGGUAGUGAUAAUAAGGUGAAAGCUAAGGCCAAUGUGUCUUACCAGGGCAUGCGGGCAAGCAAAUCUGGCACCCAGAAGAAGGCCCCUGCAAGAGUCAAUGCACCAGCAAAGUCAAAAUUUGGAUCAUCUAUGGAGAAGCCAGUUAAGGGCAAAAGACCAGCAGUGGCUGCUGGAAAGCUAAAAGCACAACAGGCUGCUAAUGCUCCGAAACAAGUUGGAAUAAAGCGGAAGCUGGAUAAUCGAACACCUGACACUGCUGGCCAGAAGAAGAAAGCAAGAAAAUUUAGGUAG